AAUGGGCUGGGUUGCUAACAACGUCAGUCUGCCAGAUUCCCUGCGUCUACCAGUCCCACCACGGGUCCAUUUGGGAUCCUCAAACAGAACAGCCCUUAGAGACGGGAUCCAGACAAGCCAUUAGAGCCCGUGGCCCGCUAGGAGGACAGACGGUCCUCACGGGUCUGGGAAAGGGGGGAGGGAGGGGAGGAGGCUGAAGAAGCAAGCGCCGCAGCGGGAAGACACAAAAGCUGGAGCGACUCUUCUCCCCCCACCACCACCCCCCCCUCCACCCCCCGCUUCCGCCCCUCAACCCUUGCAGCUCAGGCUUUGAAAGCUGAUCCCCCUUCUGAAUGGAAACUCUGAACUGCCAGGCACCGUCGUCCUUGCCUCGCCUCCACAUCCAUGCCGAGAGGAAGGCUCAGCGAUCUGCCCGCACCAGGCUGCCCCUGCAGGGGCUGAGAUGCUGCUGAAGGCAACUUGACAUCCUCCGUCCGCGCCCGUAGUGGGAGCGAUGCUGCAAAGCACAGCACCCGCUCGCUCAGCUCUCCUUCAAGCUGAAGGUUACCAGCCGCCCCGGCCGUCGCCGCUGCUGUGAGCGCCCAGGGAGAGGGACUCUGGCCGCCUCCUUGGCCGUGGUCCUCGGCGCGGUGGAGGAAUAGCUCUGGCCGCGCCUGCUGGGGAUCCGGGCAGCCCAGCCGCAGCUUCGGCUUGGUGGAUGUGUCUGCAUGAGUUCUGCACCGAAUGGGCGCAAAAAGCGCCCCGGCCGCUCCACUCGCUCCUCGAUCUUUCAGAUCAGCAAGCCGACGCUGCCGAGCGGGGACUGUGAGCGCAGGGGCAGCGGCUCCGAGAGCGCCCACAAGACCCAGAGAGCCCUGGACGACUGCAAGAUGCUUGUCCAAGAAUUCAAUACCCAAGUGGCCCUGUAUCGAGAGUUAGUCAUUUCUAUUGGGGACGUCUCAGUCAACUGUCCAUCUCUAAGGGCGGAAAUGCACAAGACCAGAACCAAAGGCUGUGAGAUGGCCCGGCAGGCCCAUCAAAAACUUGCUGCAAUCUCAGGCCCAGAAGAUGGUGAGAUACAUCCAGAAAUCUGCAGGCUUUACAUCCAGUUGCAGUGUUGCUUAGAAAUGUACACCACAGAGAUGCUAAAAUCCAUAUGUCUGCUAGGAUCUCUUCAGUUUCAUCGGAAAGGAAAGGAGCCUGGAGUGGGGAUCAAGAGCCCAGAAAGCAAAACCGAAGAGGGUCCGGAAGUCCCCAUUCUAGAGGAUGCGCUAUCUUCACCAGUAGACAUUCAGCACCAUUCCUGGCAGGUUUCCACGGAUAUUGAGAAUACUGAAAGAGACAUGCGAGAAAUGAAAAACCUUUUAAGCAAACUCAGGGAGACUAUGCCUUUACCAUUGAAAAAUCAAGAUGACAGCAGCCUCCUGAACCUGACUCCUUAUCCACUAGUUAGAAGACGGAAGAGAAGAUUCUUUGGUCUAUGCUGCCUCAUCUCGAGCUAGAUAAUUCCCAUUAAAACUUCCCCAAGAAAGCCAGAACAUCAAAGAAACAGAUGUCAUUUGUUUUUCAGAUGGAUAAACCACAGUUAUUGGUUAUCGACUAUGUUUUCUAUGCUUCCCUCUUAAUUUUCUUCCCUUCCUUUUCAAGAGUUUUACAUUUUAAUUACUGUCAAGAACCAGAGAGAGAACAGAUUCAAAAUGGAGGAUGUUUUUAAAAGGAUUUUUUAGAUGACCUAGUGCAUGUCUGCUCUAAACCAUACAAUGACUAGAUGCAAGAAUUAUGAUUUUAAAGUCAUUCUAAGUUUUUUAUGUAUUGUAUAAAUUUCAAAUGAUUUCAUGUACAGUAGCAUAAUUAUAGCUCUGACUAGUCUCAUGUUAAUACUUUAUCAUAUAUGAAAGAGUCUUUAAACAUAGAAAUCUAUUUAAAAUUGCAAAACCGUGUUCAAGGUCAACGUUAUUAAAUCACUAGAAGUAAUAUUGUUAAGAGAACUUAUACUCCUCUCCUAUUGCUUUCUCUGCUGUCAUUCAUGUUUAGUCUUCCACUCUGUCAGAAUUUAUCCAAGAGCUUCAAAAUACAAAUAUCUUAAUUUGUAAUGCUAAAAAUAUAUGGAGGCUAUUAAAAAUUUGUAAAUACACAAUAAUAUCUUCAUACAAUGCACAUGAGCAUAAGAGUAACUAAUUUCCUUUUGAUCCAGUGGUGUCCUUUUUCAACUUCUUGGAGAAUGACAUAACCCAGUUAGGAAAUGAUGUAGACAACUAUACAAUUACCCUCAAAUAUAAAAUCGGAUUAUUAUCACAUUUCAUUUUAAUUGAAAUUUGAAGCAUGGUGUCUGCACAUCAGCAUAGUGUUAACUCGUAUAGGGCAUGCUGGAAUUAGCUCAGAUUGUAAAAUAUUUAACAUUUUACAUUGUUAAUAAAAAGUUUUUUAGUUAAGCAAAGCCUGUCUCAUUUUAGAUGACUAUGGAGAUAGAAAAUUUCCUGACCCUGCUUAGUGAGUUGUCUUAUCAUUAAAAAAGCACAUGGGAUUUGGAGUCAAAGGAACUCGAUUUAAACCGUGGCUCUACUGCUUACUCCCUGAGUGACUGACCUUGGGCAGGUCAGUUACCAUCUUUAGGCCUCAGUUUCCUCAUCUGUAAAAUUGGGGAGGGAGUGGUAGACUGUAUGAUGUUCCAGCAGGCUGAUCCUACCAGCCUAUGGAUCCUAUCUAGAAUCCAAUUAUUCUGUAAAUUCUCAGAUAGAUGGGAAGAAUGAAGCAGUAUUAUGGGACAGGGAGGGGAAGCUUCUUCUUGUCCUCUUCCCUAUUAACAUGAGGUGAAUUGUACCAUUUUUCACUGAUUUCUUUUUGGCCCCCUUCCCAGAAAAAAUUCCCGUUGACUUAAAAGAUUCCUAUUUAUCUCCUUUUCCUUAUUUUUUGGAUCUGGAAAUUUUUAAAACUAGAUGGGAGACAAACAGGCAACACUAUUUACUAUACUACAGGAAUGAUAUUGCUCUAUCAUUAGGAAGAACCAGAGCCAUGCACAGCUUUUUCCAAGCUCAGUCUCUGACCUAAACCUGUGCUUUUCUCUCUCUCUCUCUCUCUCUCUCUCUGUCUCCUUCUUUCUUUCUUCUUUUUCUUUUUUCUUUCUUUCUUCCUUCCUUCCUUUGUUUCUUUCCUUCUCUUUCUUUCUUUCUUUCCUUUCUUUCUUCCUUCCUCUUUCUUUCUUCCUUCCUUUCUCUCUCUUCUCUUCCUUCUUCUCCUUCUUCUCUUCUUCUUUCUUCCUUUCUUUCUUCUUCCUUCUUCUCCUCUUUCUUCUUCCCUUUCUUCUUUCUUUCUUCUUUCUUCUUCUUCUUCUCUUUCUUUCUUUCCUUCCUUCCUUCCUUUCUCUCUUCUUUCCUUCCUUUGUUCCUUCCUUUUUUCUUUCCUUCCUUCCUUCCUUCCUUCUUUUCUUCCUCCUUCUCUCUCUCUCUCUCUCUCUCUCUCUCCCUUUCUACUUUUAUUAAAGUUUUGUGGAUGUCUUUCAUUUCUUCAUAUAGUCUUUUCUGAAAUGUACCAAACCAUGCUUAGAACUCUUCCUGGUAACCAAGAAAAACAGUUACAUAAAACCAGAUGACACAGCUAUGUGUCUGACAGGAUAUGCAACAUUCCACACUUGUAGUCUCCUAAUUCUCUACAAGAAGAGGGAACCAUGUUUCACCAUCUGCUUUCCAGGCCAAAAUUUGAACCCUAUAGCUUGCCAUUGUGUACUUAGGCUUUUGUUCCUGCACAGAAGUCUUCCAUGGACUUAUGGUGGUAUGAAGUUGGUGCUGCAAGUUAUGCCAAAGGAGUGUAAGCCUCAUUGUAUGUCUGUUGAGCCUGACUGUGUCUGUUGAGCCUGACUAUAUGUCUAUUGUGCAAGGAUGACCCUAACUCCUUUUGAGGAGGUCCAUAAACAGAGUGUUGACCACUAGGUAAUAAAUUUGGUUUUUUGGCCAAA